AUGAUCAAUAGAGAAAUUGUAGUUGCUAGUGGUUUGGAGAAAAUAUAUGAUCAGGAGUUAAUCAAACUGGCGUCUAAAGUAUUGAAAACUCGUUCGGAGAGUUUCACUGACAGUGAUGCAAGCUAUGCAAGUAGCAGUACAGACGAUACCACAGAGAUAUCCAGUGGCGAAACAGCAACAGACACCGGCGAGUCUUCUGCAACUGAAACCAAUGCAAGAUCACAGAAUACAAGUCCAAGUAAAGCAACAAUAACCCGUGUCACAGUGCCUAGGAGAAUUGUGAUCAAAUAUUCUGCGAAUAUUGAACAGCCAAAGAUUAAUCCACCGAUAGCCAUAAUUGGUCCACAAGACAGUGAAUCGUCUGAUCCAGGAAUUCUCAAGCCAGACUUUAGUGAACGAGUUGAUGAAGAUGAAGAUGAAGAGGAAGAAGAAGAAGAGGAGCAAGAUGAUGAAGAAGUGACAACGGCAGAUACAUCAGAACUUAUCACGGAAGCAAAUCCAACUCUUUCUCAAAAUGAUUUGGAUGAAUCAGAGAUAGAAGAUCUUGAAGAAGAAACCACUGACGAGGAUGAGAGUGAAGAGGAAAAUAGUGACGACGAUGAAAGUACGGCCAGUGACAACAAUAUUAUUGGCUACACAAAUGAAGCGCAAUCACGCUCAUGUUACGCUUUGGAAGACUUCCAAUUACUAAAAACUAUAGGUACUGGGACAUUUGGUCGUGUUUGUUUGUGUUUGGAUCAAAAGACAAACAAAUAUUGUGCGAUGAAGAUACUAGCGAAGUCUGAUGUUAUACGGUUAAAGCAGGUGGAACACGUGAAAAAUGAAAAAAGUAUAUUGACAGAAAUACAUCAUCCAUUCAUCGUAAACUUGAUAUGGUUCACAAAGGAUGACUUCUGUUUGUACAUGUUAUUUGAGUAUAUUGUUGGCGGUGAACUUUUUACAUACCUAAGAAAUGCGGGCAAAUUCAGUAACUCUACAGCAAAUUUUUAUGCAAGUGAAAUUAUUCUGGCAUUGGAAUACUUACACACACUAUCCAUAGUUUAUCGUGAUUUGAAACCAGAAAAUUUAUUGAUUGAUCGUGAGGGACACUUGAAAAUCACUGAUUUCGGUUUUGCAAAGAAAUUGAAAGAUAGAACAUGGACUUUGUGCGGUACACCCGAAUACCUUGCACCUGAAAUAAUCCAAUCAAAGGGACAUAAUAAGGCAGUCGAUUGGUGGGGAUUGGGCGUUCUAAUUUACGAAAUGUUGGUGGGAUACCCACCUUUUUUUGCCGACAACCCAUUUGGUAUAUAUGAAAAAAUUUUAACCGGUAAAUAUGAGUGGCCGCGGCUUGUGGACCCUGUUGCAAAAGAUUUAGUAAAAAAGCUGCUUGUUCCUGAUCGUACAAAACGAUUGGGUAAUAUGAAAAAUGGCCCUGACGACAUAAAGAAACACCGAUGGUUUAAACACUUAAAUUGGGAUCAUGUGUACAAUCGACAAGUUACGCCACCAAUCAUACCUAAAAUUAAAGCAGAUGGAGACACAAGUAACUUUGACGAUUACCCAGAUGAAAAUCCGAAAGCGAGGCCCAUACCAAAAAAGGAUAUGAUGUUAUUUGACGAUUUUUAGGAUGUUAAAAUUUUCUUCAGAAACACCCUCUGAAAUGAUCGAAAAUGCGUUUUCUUUGGAAAUUAAUUUUUUUUUUGAAACAUUCAUAUCUGAAGGGGUUUUCACUACAAAAUUGUAUGCAAGAUUUAAUAUAAAAAUACAUUAUUUUGAAUCAUU